GUGUGAUGUUAUCAUAUUCAUGUGCAUAAUCUAGUGUCUAUGUAUUUUUUUUGCUGACUUGGAUUUACAAGUGUUUGUACUAAAAUGUUUAUAGGUUAAGCCGAUUAAAAUAUUUAAUCAUGAGUAUCAAUCAAUUGGUCUGUUUAAUAUUAAUCAUAAGCGUAUUUAAUGCGAAAAACUUUGGACUUGCUGGACCUGUCCAGCGUCGCAUCAAUCCAAACCCGGUUCAGCGUAAAAGUGACCGGGAUAGAUCUAGUGAAAGUGAUAAAUAUUUGGUGGAGUAUGAUCCUAAUGACGAGAACUUUGGACCGUUUUUAUCCUCUGAUAACAUCGAAUACUAUCGUGCGCCAAAAGGAGUGAACUUCACAGUGCGUUGUCCAGGUGCUAACGAGAACUCUAUGGUCGAAAUCCUAGUGUGGCAUCUGGAUACUUUAAUGGAAAUGACCAUCCAGUAUAACAAAAGUAAAGACUUUCCAUUUAUGGAUAAUUGCACUGGACGCGUUGGUAUGAACAGAGAUUACAGUCUUACCUUAUGUGACGUCUCGUAUUUAGACACGGGAAAUUACCAGUGCUUGAUUAACCAUAGACUUGUGCCAGAAGUGAUGAUCAGGUUCAUUGUUGUUGAUGUACCAGAUCCACCAGGACGGCCCCUUGUAGUGGCAUUUACUACUAAUACUGCGAAAAUCUUGUGGCCACCACCAAGGCAUAUGGGAGGUCUUAGCCAUUAUACCAUUAUAACCAGGCAACACCAUGAAGCUCCAAACCUUAGUCAAAUGGCGCUCUUCAAAAGUACGAACUUCACCUGCUAUGAAAAAAAUACAACCGAUACGAAAACCAUUGGUGAAGUGGAUGAUUUAAUCCCUUUUACAGUCUACAGCUUCGUGGUGAUUGCCUGGAAUAUGAUUGGUGCUAGUCCACCUAGUGAACCCUCUUACUUCAUUGUGACUUUAAGUGAACUACCAUUGGCUAAACCAGUAUUGAAUGCCCACAACCUCUCGUCGACGGCUAUUUCGGUCUUUUGGGAUCAACCGAAACUGGAGGAACUUCGAGGUGAUUUUCAUGGAUAUCGUUUGAGCUGGAAGAGGCUUACGCCAGCACAACUGGCUGCACACGAGAAAUUUAUUAGGAAUAUACGGAUCACUAACAUGGCAAUCCCAAAUUUGGAACCAAAUACAGCGUAUGAGGUGGGAUUGCGAGUAGAAAAUGUGGUGGGGGAAGGACCGCUUUCGUCUCUAGUGGUAGUCACUGAAGAAGGAAGUCUAGACACCGAACUACCAUAUUUGACUCUCUGCAUUCUAUCAGUUAGAAAACUAUUUAACCAAUCAGCUACCCUACCGCUAAUUCCCAAGGCCCUUAACUUUGCAACCAAGAAAUUAUGGUCCACUCUAUCAAAGGCCUUGGAAAAGUCAGACGAAUAUGCCGCAUUAAACCGGAUAAUAUCGGCCGAUGAAUCCUCUAGGAUGGGCCAUGCUUUUGUUUAUGUUGGGGCUAUUUUUUGGGGCGCCGUUUUGGCCCAAGAAUCGACCACUAUUCAAAGUUUAAACGGUACAACGACCCCGAGUGUUACUACUGAAAUUUCAACAACUGCCAAAGUUUCUCAGGGCAAUGACACAUCCACUAUUGAUGUUUCAGCCCCCAGUGCCCCCAGGAAUAUUGAGCUAGUGAACUAUACGGCCACUACCAUCGUUUUUCAAUUUGAUAUGCCAGAGCAUCCCAACUCCAAACUGCAGGGAUAUCGCAUAUAUUUUCACUAUAAUAACUUCACUGACCAAAAGACUGAUCGGAAUGAACCUGAGGAACCACACAAAGUCUACAAAUUGGAUAACCUAAUACCAGACACUGAAUACACGAUAGCAGUAAAAGCAUUCUCUGCAUCACAAGAGGGCAACCUCUCUGAGCAUGUUGAUGUGGUUACAGAUAUCCGAGGUCCCAGUCCUCCAAUUUUUGUUAAUGUCUCUUGUGAAUUUAACAACUCCAUCUUGGUCGCAUUCAGAAAACCUAAGAAAUAUGCUGAUAUUGUGGAGAGAUAUGUCAUUGAACUUUUCCAAGGAGAUGGCUCUCCUUAUCCGAGGGACCCUAUUCAACUCUCAGCUGAUAGAAACCCUGCAAGGCUUAUGGGAGCUCCAGAGGUUUAUGUCAUUGAAGAUCUUGAGCCAGAUAAAGAAUAUCUGGUUCAGAUGUAUGCUAUUGCCAGAAGCAGGAGAACCAACUCUUUGGUGGAAGGAGACAGGACUUACUUAAAAAAUGUUCAACUUACCAAAGACUGUCAUGUUGAAGUUCCUCCAUUUCAAGAACUGUGGGCAGGGGUACUAGCAGGCCUUUCAUGUGCUGCUGGAGUAAUUUUCCUUACAUGCUUUGGGUAUUACUUUUGGAGGACUCGCUGCCGAAACCGAAACAACAACAAUACAACCGCCGAACGUAGUACUAAACAGUAUACAGGGUCUUCUGCGGAAGAUAAUUACGAAAUCACUGAUGAAAUUAUUGAAAAAGUUGAUGAAAUUGACGUUGAUAAAGAUGAACAGCCCCAAACUGAGCUCAAUGAAGUUCGAAUCAAUCAUGACGCUAAUAAUAUCUGUUUGAAAGAAAGCGUCAAAGCCACGCCCUUUAUGUGGGCUCAGACAGAGAAGGCUAGAAGGAAGCGUAUGAGGAGGUUACAAGGUCAGCCUCCCUCAUUCUUCAUGGACUACGAGCAAUGCACACCGGCCCCUUUGGAUUGGAACGAACGCCCCCCUCCGCGUCCACUACUCGCCAUUGAAAACGGUCCAGGGGGUCCAGAGAAUCUUAAUCCUGGUCUUGAUGCUUUAGUGGAUGAAAGGAUGAUCACUGAUUACAGUGGCCCUGUAGAUGUCUCCAUGUUUCCACAGCACGUGCAGAGAUUACACGCCGAUGGAGACAUUGGGUUUAGUAAGGAGUAUGACGCCAUCCAGAAUGAUCCCAGUAAUGAGGGCAAUAGCUGUGAACUAUCUCAGCAGCCCGAGAAUAAAAUGAAAAAUCGGUAUCUGAAUAUUAUUGCAUAUGAUCACUCGAGAGUCCAACUACUACCGCUACCAUCACAAAAAAGUCCUGCGUAUAUAAACGCAAAUUAUAUUGAUGGGUUUAUGGUGAAUCGAGCUUAUAUAGGUACGCAAGGUCCUUUGCCCUCAACGUUCGAUUGCUUUUGGCGCAUGAUCUGGGAGCAAAGAGUCAGUAUUAUUGUUAUGAUCACCAAUUUGGUGGAAAGGGGACGGCGAAAGUGCGACAUGUACUGGCCUAAAGACACUGAAACAUAUGGCUUUAUCAAUGUGAAGCUGGUGGCGGAAGACGUGUUAGCCACAUAUACUGUAAGGACUAUGGUGAUUAAACAUUUGAAAGUCAGCACUCCUGAAAAUGUUAAGAAGGCAAAGGAUCCAUCUAUUUUGGAAAAGACUGUGUAUCAAUAUCAUUAUACCAAUUGGCCAGAUCAUGGUACCCCUGAUCACCCUUUACCGGUAAUUAGUUUUGUAAAGAAGUCCGCAGCUGCUAAUCCUCCUAAUAGUGGACCUAUUGUUGUUCACUGCAGCGCUGGUGUUGGUAGAACCGGUACCUAUAUUGUGCUGGACGCAAUGUUAAAACAAAUCGCAAAAAGGCAAGAAGUGAAUAUUUUUGGAUUCCUGAAGCACAUCCGUGCACAACGUAACUUCUUGGUGCAAACUGAAGAGCAGUACAUCUUCAUUCAUGAUGCUCUAGUGGAAGCUAUUGAGGCGGGCGAAAGUGAAAUCCCUACCGAGAAAUUCUCUCGGUACGUUGAUAUUAUCCAGAAUCCAGAAAAGGCCGAUGUAAAUGAGUCUGAAUGGCGGCCAUUGGUCAAACAAUUUGAGCAAGUGAUCAAAUUCAAACCCCGUGACUUUAAUCUGGUGUCGGCGAACAAACCUGUGAAUGCUGAGAAGAACAGAUGUACGGUUUUGGUGCCCGUUGAAAAUGCUAGGGUCCAUUUGACACCCCGACCCGGUGAAGAUGGUUCGGACUAUAUCAAUGCCAGCUGGAUCGCUGGAUUUCACUGUCUAAGGGAGUUUAUUAUCACUCAGCAUCCCAUUGAUCGAGAAGAUUUCUGGAAAAUGUGCUGGGACCAUGCUGUCCAACUUAUUGUCAUGAUAAGUAUUGUUGAUGAUGAGCAGUUUGAGGUAUUCUGGCCUGAAGGAGACGAAGUAAUCGGCAAUGACUUGUACAAUUGCCGCCAAGUUAUGGUAAACCGAAACGGUCCGUUUGUUACUAGAGAAUUCGUGCUAAGAUCCGUUCAGGAUGAUUAUGAGAUCAAAACGCGUUUCGUACAGAGCUACAAUUGGCCACACCAAGGGGUGCCUAGUAUAAAGAAUAUGUAUGACCUUCCCAGUUUCGCUAUAGGAAUGCAAGAUCUCACUCAGGGGCCUGUAUGUGUUGUUGAUAGAUUUGGCGGUACGGAAGCUGCAACAUUGUGCGCCCUAAUGACCCUCAAAAGGCAGUUGGCUUACGAACAAAAGGUAGACGUUUACAUGUACGCAAAACUCUACCACAAUAAAAGACCAGGCAUCUGGCUUACUCUUGAGGAUUAUUUGAAACUGUUUCUCUGCGUCCAGUCGCUCAUUUCAAACGACAAACGUCUUGAAGAAAUGUCUCCGAAUCUCGGUGCCAAGGCCAAUGGUAACAUAGCAAGAAUUCAUUCGACAGUGGUAAAAAUGCCUUCUUCAGCUUCGAACAACUCUGGCAGAUUGUCAUGCUGCGGUGAACCCAAACCAGGUUGUUCUAAGUCUCCUUCAGUAGCUGCUAUACAGUUUGUACAGCCCGACGGAGCAGUCCCGUCCACGUCUAAAGGUGUCGCAAGCGAAUUGGUUCCAGAAGUAAAAAGCAUCGAGCCGCCAAGGUCUGCACCUGAAGGUGGAAUAUUUGUUCCCAAAUCAAUUUUGAAAAAACCUAUGCGAUUUGAAGAGAUGCGUUUUUAACAACUUUACCAUUUAAGCUCCCUUGUAAAUCAAGACACUAAUUCCUGAUCACUGUAUUUGUUUUUUUCCUAUGGCCGUUGAUUUUAGUUUUAUUUGAGGGCAGCGGUACAUUCGCUCUUGAGGGUGCUGGCAAACUUUCGUUACAAUGCUACAAUAGACCCCAAUUUGUCUUUUAACUGAUUUCAACAGAGACAGGGUGUCAGAGUUCUUUUAUAAAUAACAAUAAUAUAAAAUGCGAGAAAAGAUUUGUACAACGUGUAUAUAUUAAUAAUACACGUUCGUUAAUAAGUAAUAUAUACAUGUUGUACAAAUCUUCUCGCAUUUUAUUAAAUCUACGUGUCACUCUUGCAAGUUAAAAUUAAAAUAUGUAUACUUUUGUAAAUUCAAUAACUUACUAAAAUUAUUAUUAUUAUUGCCCUCAGUUAAUGCUAAAUAGGUCGUGAUUAAGCCCAUUCUUACCAUCCCCAUAUAUAACCUUUAGUAUAAGAUCAGGUAAAUUGAAAGAUUCCUCAAAUAUACCAAACCACACAGUGUUUUCCUUUACAAAAUAGUAUUAAAACAUAUAUUACUUCGAGCUGUGUUUGAAAUUAGUACAUUUUCAUGUUUUAACUAAUAAUUAACAACGAAAUUCUAAGGUUACCAAGUAGUUACUAAUUUAGGAAACAUCGAAUAUUGUCGAUAAUAAAAUUGUUUUGUGAAAGUUUUAGGUUCCUAUUUAAGUGGAGAGUUCCUUGCUUAUUCUUAAGGUUAGGGAUGUUUGAAACAUGAAAUUGUACAACGCAAUAUACUUGCCUGUAAAUAUUGAAACGCGCUCGUUUGUAAACACUUAGGAUCCCUGUAUAUAUUAUGAAAAAUGCCAUAUUACACUAGCUUAGCGACCAUUAGGGUUACUUCUAAUUUUAUUAUAGGAAACGUUCUUAUGAUUACUAGAAAUACCUAUCACUUUCUAGUCAAUGCACAAAUUUCCAUAAAGUAAUUUUUUUAGAAAAUUGUGAUUACAAAUUUAAAGCAGUAAAAGUCUGGUAAUGGCAUAUAUUAAUAUGACAAUGUCAAUAAGGAAAAAUUGACACUUCAAAUUAUUUAAAAUAUAUGACAUUAUCCUUUUUUGAAUUCUUUUUUGUAUUUAAUAAGGAUUUCAGUUUUUACAUAUUAAAAUAAAUUAGCGCGCCAAACUUCAUAUCCGAACUGCUGUAUAAUAUAAUAAUUAGAAGGUGGUACAAGCUAUCAUGUAUAUUUGCUUGUAUAUAUAGUUCAUACCGUAAAGAAUUGCUGUGAAGAUGUACAGAAAUAUCUGUAUAAUAAUUAGAUCCCGUAUAAGUUGAAAAUCAAGUAGACUUAUAUGUUUAAUUUCCCUGCUAGUUCCCCGUAGAUCAGAUACAUUGUGUUUGUCAUAAUGUAUCUCUUAGUUAAAAAAAAAGAAAACAAAGAAAAAAAUGGUGCUCUAUUUAACGUAGGAAUCAUCAAUUACGAGGCAACCUUUUUUUUUAUCAUUGCAAAGACCCUAGGUUUAUAAAAUCAUAUUUUCAUUACAGUAUUGAUACAUAAUAAAGCUUAAUAAUAUAAACAUUUUAUACUAGGGAUUCUUCCUUCAAACAUAACUUUCUAUUGUUCAAAUGGCCGAAUAAUGACAACAUAAUAGUAUACAAUGUAAUCUUAAGCUGUAAAUAAUAGGAUUCAGGUUUACAGACGGGCGCAAACUCUCAAAAUACUUUGCUAUUUGUACCUAGAUUUAACGAUGAUCAAUAGUGAUCAAUCUGACCAACCAUAUUAACAAUUUAAUCUCUCCUUAACAGUAUCUAGCACUUUUUUCAUAGAUUUACUGUGGUAAUCUUCUUUGUUGAACUGAACUUAAAGACUAUAAGCGAAAGACUUAUAUAUAUAUAUAUGCUGUUUUAACUUCUCUGUCUUGUGUGUUUUUGUUCCUAAAAUACUGUAUUUUCCUUUGCUUUUAUUGUUUUGCAGUGUCGUCUAUUAGUGUUUGUACACGCGUGGCCUACUAAAGUGUUUUUUUCUUUAAUACUAUUUUAAUUAUGGCAAUUUUGUUUUUUCAGCGGUACCGCUGUUAGGACCCGUCGAGAAUUAUUAGUUUGUUUUGUUUUUCGAAAAGCACUUUAAAAUUUACAUUCCUUGCUAUUUUAAAAGAUACAUUGUAAAAGACUCUUUCAGGCGGCUUGUAAAAAUCUUUAAUCAGUUUAAUAAUCGCUUUAAUGACAGUAUUUUUAAUAGGAGGUACCAUUCUCAGUCUUUUUUAAAAUGAUAUCUUUUGGUGCUAUUUUAUUAUGAAAGUGUCUUUUACAUUACUAUUUUAAUUACCUAUUUGAUUCCUAAGAAUAAUUGCAUUUAUCAAGGUACAAUUUUAUUUAUUGUGUCAAAAGUUAGAGAUUAGUUAUGAGCGAUUCUGUUGUAUCAACAGAUGUUAGUUACUUUAGGUUAGUAUGUAUAUUUUACUAAGCAUUUAAAAAUAAGAAGGAUAAGAUGUCUUUAUAUAGAAAAAUAAGGGCUGCAACUAGAAAAUUCAAAUUUUAAAUCUAACGGAACACAAUGCUAACUUUUAUUUCAUAAUUCCAAUACAAGUUAUAAGAUGAUAUUGAUGUAUCUGACCACAAUGCGGUUUGUUUACGCUGCCAGACUUAAAUAUUGUACCGAGUUUCCUAAGGCAGAACAUCGAAUAUAGCUCAAAAUCCGUUAAUCUGACAAAAAUUGAUAUAACACAUAUUAACUACAUUGAACAAAAUGUUUCAGUGUCAGUUGGUUUCCUAAUCUUAAAAGAUUAAAACUUGCUAUAAUGGAUGUGUUUCAAUUUUAGCACAGUAUAUGUAGUAGAAUGUUGAAUUUUAGCAUUAUAUCUAAAUGUAAUCAAUUCAGUGUGUUCUUUUGGAUCUUGUUUUACAAUGACAGAUUAUUUAUUGGAAUGCACUAAAAACAAUAGAAGAAUCAACAUUUUCAGAAUUGUAAAUAAUUGUAAAGUAUUUAAUUGUGCGCAAUUUAACUUCUGCCGUUAGCAUGUAAAGCACACAGUAUGCAAAAAUAUCUGCGAUUAAAUUAUCUAUUAUGUUCUAUUAUUUUUAAGUGCAACUAUAUAAAUUAGUAUCAAAAGCUGUAGUUGAAAGACAUGAACCAUAUUAUGCACAUCACAAUUAUUCUGUUCCUCACAUAUGCCAUUAUCGAUAAUCGAUGUUUCAUAUACCAUAAUCGAUGUUUCAUAGUUUUAUAUAAAUUUCUGUGCCAAUAACUAUAUAUUAAUGAAUUUCCUAAGUGAUGAAACAGGUUGGAUUUAAAUAUUGUAAAUAUUUUAACAGAUAUGCCUAACUUGAACAGCAUACAGUUAGAAUUAUUUCAAAUUUUAAUUUUUUCUAUAAAUUAUCAUGAUGCCAUGUUAAAUAAAUGUAGGAAAUGCUUGAAAUUUACACAAUCAGUUUUAACGUGGUAGCUGCUAAGUAACUUAUAUAUAUAAAAUGCUUAAAUGUAAUUUUUAGAGAAUACAUAAAAUGAACUGGAGCAUUACGGCACGUUGUGAUGUUAAAGAGAAAAGAAUUGAAUAUGCUGUAAAGAUAGUUUGUAAGUUAAGUUUAAGGCUCGAGUUCAUUUUCUGUUUAAGGAGGAUAUUUUAACCAGUCUGUCUAGUAUUAGAGUUUUAAAAAUUAAUCGUAUUGAUGUAUUCUAGAUUCUUCUAAAUAAGAUAUUUAUUUGUGUAAUGUUUUAACUGAUUAGGAUUUUUUAUAUUACAUGUAGAAUUUCGGACCAAUGUUUUUAGUUUUUCGCUCACCUAUUUGCCUCUUGGGGGUACUUAGUAGUUGGAUCACUUUGGAAAAAAACGAUCACAAAUUGAAAUGCUCUAAAACUAAACUAACCGCCAUGGAAAUAAUCUUUUUUUGGAUCUGUUAAAGUCCAGGGCAUGGGUUACAGGGUAUAUUUUUUUAAAGAUUUAUCUAUAGAAAUACGUAAUACGCCACCAGCGAACAAAACAGAAAAGUUCUCUCCGUCCAUGAAAUGUAAACUAAGUACCCCAAGUGGUGAUAACACAUUCCGUUUUUGUUGUCUCUUCUGUUGACAUGUUAUCUGAUCUAUAACCUUUUUAAUGAUUUUUCUCACAAUUUUAUUCUGUUUUUUUUUUAACUUGUGUAUUUUAUUUGUAUUGUAAACGUGAUUAUUUCUCAUUAUAAUAAGUUGUAAACAGAUUUAAGAGUUUGAAACAAUAUAUAAAUGUAUGUGAAAACUAAUUGUAAUAAUAUGAAUAUAUUAAAAAUAGAAA